AUGAGUCUCUUAUCCUGGAACUGCCGGGGCAUAGGCAACCCCGAGACAGUUCAAGUUUUAGUGGACCUUGUCCAUAAGAGGAAGCCUGUGUUAAUUUUUCUUAUGGAGACCUUAUCAAAUAGCGAUAGUAUGUUGAGUAUUAAACAAAGACUAGGAUGGCAUGGUUGUUUUACGGUUGAUCCAGUGGGCCGGGGAGGUGGUCUAGCACUUUUAUGGAAGGAAGAAAUCACGGUUACUGUUACUAGCUCCUCCCUAAACCACAUUGACACUGAGAUCCAACUGGAGGGUAGUGACGCUAAGUGGAGAUUUACUGGUUUCUAUGGUAUAUCGGAUAGAACGAGAAGAGUGGAGUCCUGGAAUUUGCUUACCAACCUUGCGACUCGUAGUAACCUUCCUUGGCUGCUUAUGGGGGACUUCAACGAUCUCCUUCAUCAUCACGAAAAAAGGGGCAGACACCCUCAUCCCGAAUGGCUCCUUAGGGGCUUUCGUCAUGCAGUCGACAGUGCGGGUCUCAGGGGACUAUUUUUCGAGGGCCACCAAUUCACUUGGGAAAAAGGUAGGGGAACGGAAAAUUGGGUCGAGGAAAAGUUGGAUAGGAUCCUAGCAAAUGAUUCUUGGUUCGAAAAAUUUGACAUGGCUAGAGCCAUCUCCGAAGAUGUCCCGUCUAGCGACCAUUUGCCUCUUAUUGCAACACUUAUCCCCACUGCUAGAGGUAACAGAGUAAGGAGAUUUCGUUUUGAGAAUGUCUGGAUUAAGGAAAGCAGAUGCAGGGAGCUGCUGAGUUUAAUAUGGGAGAAUUCCAGAGGCGAAGAAAUUCCUUUACGGCUGAACAAGUGUAGUCACGCCAUAUAG